AUGAAACAUCACUCUACAUUAGACCAAAACAAAAGUGACGAUGAAGAAGCGGAGGUUCUAGCUGUUCAUCAUGUUACGAUCAAAGAGCUCGACGAAGAGGAACCUUUCGAGGAGGAGGUUCAUGAUGCUCCUGCCGCAUUAGAAGAUGGAGGCCAAGCGACUAUUGAUGAAUUAAAAGAACUCAAUCUGGGCACAAAUGAAGACCCAAGACCUAUCUUCAUUAGUGCACUUUUGAAUCCUAGUGAAGAGGAGUCCUAUCAUCAACUGCUACUUGAUCAAACCUGGAACGCGCCCAAUCAAGCAAACUCAACGUCGCUUCCGUCCGGAGCUCCUAAGUCAAUUAGGGAGGUGAAAUACCCGACGUGGAUAGCGAACAUCGUUCCGAUGAAGAAGAAAAUCACUGGACAAAUUCGUAUUUGUGUUGACUUCCGAGACUUAAACGAGGCUUGCCAGAAGGAUGACUUUCCAUUGCCCAUAAUUGAGCUCAUGGUUGAUGCAACCACAGGUCAUGAAGCCUUAUCUUUCAUGGAUGGUUCAUCUGGAUACAAUCAAAUAAGAAUGUCACCAGAGGACGAAGAACUCACAGCCUUCCACACUCCGAAAGGAAUUUACUGUUACAAAGUGAUGCCAUUUGGCCCCAAGAAUGCAGGUGCGACCUAUCAACGUGCAAUGCAAAAGAUCUUUGGUGACAUGCUUCAUAAGAAUGUCGAGUGCUACGUUGAUGACCUGGUGAUCAAGUCAAAAAGAAGAGAAGAUCACUUGAAAGACUUGAGAAUGGUGUUUAAUAGAUUGCGGAAAUACCAACUCAAGAUGAACCCUUUGAAGUGUGCUUUCGGCGUCACGUUAGGUAAAUUUCUUGGUUUCAUCGUUAAACAUCGAGGCAUCGAAGUAGACCAGACUAAGAUUAAAGCCAUCCAAGGAAGGUGUCAGCCGUUCAGUCGCCUUAUGAAAAAAGAUGCUCCUUUUGUUUGGGAUGAAGCUUGUCACAAUGCAUUUGAAAGCAUAAAGAAGUACCUAUCGAGUUCACCACUGUUAGGAGCUCCUAUUCCAGGCAAACCACUCAUAUUGUACAUUACGGCUCAAGAGAGGUCAAUUGGAGCCCUGUUGGCGCAAGAGAAUGAGUCACAUAAGGAGCAGGCACUCUAUUAUCUAAGCCGAACUCUUACUGGUCCCGAAUUGAACUACACACCUAUAGAAAAGACGUGUCUUGCACUUGUCUUUGCUAUUCAAAAGUUAAGGCACUACAUGCAAGCAUUCACAGUUCAUCUAGUUGCACGAGCUGACCCGGUGAGGUACGUUAUGUCAAAACCAGUCUUGACGGGGCGUUUGGCCAAGUGGGCAUUACUUCUCAAUCAAUAUGAAAUCAUCUACACUCCAACAAAGGCAGUAAAGGGGCAAGCUGUUGUAGAUUUCCUAGCCGAUCAUCCAAUUCCAGCAGACUGGGAAAUUUCAGAUGACUUACCCGACGAACAAGUCUUCUUCGCUGAUAUUUCUCUUGCUUGGAUGAUGUUUUUUGACGGAUUGGCUCGUAAAGAUAGGGUGGGGGCUGGCGUAGUCUUCCUGUCACCCGAGAGACACGUAUUGCCCUACUCAUUCUCUUUAAGUGAACUUUGCUCGAACAAUGUUGCAGAAUACCAGGCUUUGAUCAUGGGCUUACAAAUGGUCGUAGAGAUGAAGAUAUCGAGCUUAGAAGUAUAUGGUGACUCCAUGUUAGUGAUCAACCAAUUGUUGACCCACUACGAAGUUAGGAAGGAUGAUCUAAUUCCAUAUCACCAAAUGGCCACGCAAUUACUGGAAAGGUUUGACUUCGUGACGCUGGAGCAUGUGCCAACGUUAUCUCGGUAUUGUCCAUUGACAUUGACGAUUGGAGGCAACCUUUAA